ACUCCGUAUCCAUUGAUAAACAGAUCCACGUGGGGCAAGGGAUUUUUGUUAAAGACCUUGCUUUGAAGAUUGUCAGAAAAAUGCCCAGGGUAUGAUCCAGCAUGGCGGUGAAUGUGCUGGGCUUGGUGGUCCUCCUGAUAUGUUACCUCAUCAUCAUCGUAGUUGGAAUUCUGGCCGCCAGGCUGAAGAGGAAAGUGAAUGGGACCUUGCGCAUGGAGGAGGCUAUUGUGGCGGGGAGGGACAUUAAUGUGGUCGUGGGAAUCUUCACCAUGACAGCCACAACAGUAGGGGGAGGUUACAUUAAUGGAACAGCAGAAUCCAUCGCAUCAUCAGGCUUGGUGUGGACACUGGCUCCAUUUGGUAUCUUCAUGGGAUUGAUCACUGGUGGUAUUGUUUUCGCUGGUCGAAUGCGAAAACAUCAAUACCUCACCAUGCUGGAUCCUAUUCAGGAGAGGUUUGGUGACACUGUGGUCGUGCUGGUGUACACAGCCACGCUCUGUGGUGAUGUCUUCUGGACAGCCUCCAUCCUCGUAGCUCUGGGUACGAGCCUCAGUGUGAUCGUGAACAUUCCCCUCAGCAUAGCCAUCGUCAGCUCCUCUCUAGCUACAGUCUUCUACACAAUGUUUGGUCAGAUGAUCUCUGUAGCUUACACGGACAUUGUCCAACUCAUCUUCAUCAUCAUUGGUUUGGGGCUGAGUUUACCUUUUGUUCUAACCAAUGAAAAUGUUGGAAGUAUUUCUGAUACUGCAGAGGUGUGGAUUGGACAGUUUGAUGUCAACAUGACCAGUCCUUGGAUUGACCUAUUCAUUGCCAUGAUUUUUGGAACCAUUCCUUGGCAGGCUUACUUCCAGAGAGUGUUGUCUGUCAGAAGUGCUAGACACGCCCAGAUGCUCUCUGUAGCGGGGGCCUUCAGCGCUGUCAUCCUAGCCAUCCCGUCUAUUCUCAUAGGGGCUGUGGCCACCACUGCAGACUGGACUAACACCACACUAGGAUCCUCCCCCAUGGCACUAAACCAGUCCAGCAUGACACUGCCCUAUGUUCUACACGAGUUCACGCCUAGCUGGGUAGCCAUUAUAGGUCUGGGGGCCAUCUCAGCAGCUGUGAUGUCCUCCAUGGAUAGCUCUAUUCUGGGCUCCAGCUCCAUGUUUACCAAUAACAUCUACAAAAAAAUCAUCAGGAAAAAGGCCAGUGACACAGAGGCACUCUGGAUACAGACGAUCUCCAUACUUUGUGUUGGAGUGAUGGCCACUCUCGUCUCCCUCUUUGUUCCGAUCGUGUACGGACUAUUUAUCCUGGCAGCGGAUGUUGUGUUUGUGAUUGUCCUACCUCAGCUGUUCUGUGCGGUUUUCAUUACAAGGUCCAAUGUAUACGGAGCCAUCACGGGGUUCCUCGUAGGAACUGUCCUACGAAUGGGGGCCGGGGAGUCCCUGUUAGACUGGCAGCCAUUUAUAAAGUAUCCAUUCUACAGCGUGGACGCGGGGCAACAGUUUCCAUUUAGGACAUUUGCAAUGAUCAUUUCACUGGUGACAAUAGUAAUGGUGUCCUUGUUCUCUGACUUGGUAAUGAGGUAUUUAUGUAAGAAUUCACAACACAACAGCUACCUCGUGUCGGGUGGUGGGGAGGUUAACACACAAACCCAGAAUAUAGGAAGUCACUCAUCACAUCACCCACUCAUCUCUUUUUAAGUGACACCACACAGCUCAAAGUGACACCACACAGUUAGUAAGAAUGUCAACUUUUGUAAUGGUGAGAAUGUGCAGCAGAGGCUGUGUUGAGAAUCCACAGAAGGGGGUCUUCUAGUGACAAGUCAAUACUGAGAUCCUAAAAUACAGAGCUGUAGUUGUGUGGAUAUGACACAAUUUCAAAAACCUCAGGGUGUUUAAUUUACAUGUAUAUCUGAGAGUAUCUACAACCUUUUGCAUGACAGUGGACACAGCAGACAAAUGAGUAGUAUUGGGUCAAUCUUUUAGUGAUCUUGGUGCAUUGUAUAGAUCUGAAGCUGAGCUGACAGACAGGAUUGCUUUCAUACAUUCAUCCACCCAUUUAAGAGGCAUAUUUAGUGCGAGACUGAGGAUUGUCCAUCUUUUGGGGUCACAUGCAAACUUGAUGUCAUUAUGAGGAUAUUAUGAUUUAGACCCCAUGAAUCAUCACUUAAUGCAAACCUAGGGAUAUUCUCAUGUUCGGCCCAUAAUUCAUUCAUUUAUACAGAAGAAAUUGCUCUUAAUUAAUAGAAAAGGCAAAACUUCACUGAUGAUCAAUAUAUGAUCAAGAAUGAUUUAUAAAUGACAUCAACAGCAAGGACCACAAGCCACCACUCAUCAUAAUUAAUACAUACUGCCACAUUUGGCAAGACUAAACAACAUAUAUAACCCUCUGUCAUGUGUCUUGCCUCUUAUCUAUGGAAAUUGUCAAACUCAUAAAGACAUUGGUAUUGUCAUUAUUAGAGAUGAUAUGCUUGCUACUAAAAUAUUCAUUAAUCCAAAUUUUUACUUGAUCUUUCUGCACUAAAAUCUACCUUUGAUUUAUUCAGGUAAACUAAUUUUGUGGGUGUCAACACAAAUCAAUCAUUACAUUUUAAAGUUCAUAAAUUUCCUGUCUUCUAGCAGAAUACAUAUGAGAGCAGUAAAGAUAUGAAAAAAUGUCUUGCAGGUAAAUAGGAAAUAUGACUUUUUUGCACUUAAAAUUUGCAUUAUAUAGAAAUUGAAAGUUUAAAACAACAUGCAUACUAGGAGUAUUGUCAGUUUUUGGUAUUGCACAGAGCAACCAUGUCUUUAUACCUCAGAGUGUAAGAUAGAACUUGAAAAAUUAGAGUUACAGAUAAAAUUUUCAAAACAUCAGCUAAAAAUUGUUGAUAUUGAUGUAGGUGGUCUAAAGAAUCACUGUUCUGUUUGAAAAAUAUAUCAGCCAAAUGAAUGAAUGGACAACAUUUGAAUUUGUUCCAAGUGUAAUCAUUGAAACACACGUCUAGAGGUAUACUGACAGUUCAUUAGUUGAAACAGAAACAGUCAGAUCGUGCAGACUGAUAUUGAACUUACCCUUCCACCACAAAAUGUAGUUCUUAACUUUUUUCCUAAAUUUAAUUUGACUUUUAAUUUUUUUCCCAUCUGGAUUGGAUUAUGUAAUAAAUAUAUAGUGCAUUGUAUAUAAUCAAAUUGUAUUGCAUUGAUGAAUUGCAAACUUUGAUUUGUGAUUAUUCAUAAUGUGUUUUGUAUCACUCAAAAUUUGGCAGGAAUGAGCUUCCACUGGUUCUUGCUUUAUGAUGUUGAUUUUAGUCACAGGGCAUUUUGAAUAGUUUCAAAUUGAUCAAAUCAUUGCACUGACUCCAUGGGAGAGAUACUGCCAAAAUAUGCUGGGCAUUUACAUGAUGUUUUGUUUGAUAUACAAGAAUCUCUGAAUCAUUGCAUUAUUUUAAAAUCAGUAAAAGCAUUUAUUUCCUAGCUCAGGUACAUGUAUUAUAUACAGAGAUAUUUUCUUUAUUAAUUUAUUUGAAAUACAUUGUACAUACUUUUACAAGCAUUAGUUUUUGUUAUUGACAUUUUUUUUUUAAAUAUAUUGAACGUUGUGGUUUUAUGAUUCAGAUACAUGUAGGAAGUUUUGUUCAAUUUAUAAAUGCUGUUCUUGUAUUGCAAUUUAAAUGCAGUAUGUGAUGAUA